AUGGGGAAUUGGAUGCCCAAUCGAAUUAAUCCACAGCCAUAUUUAUUUUAUGAUAUGGAAGGGAGCAAUUUUCUUCAUGGUUCUGUCUCCGAUUUGACACAGAAAUAAAAUCAGAAUAAACUGAAUUUUAUGUUAGUCUUCAUCCUAUAAUUAAAAUAUAAGAAAAGUAAAAUUUUAAUAUCCUAAUUUCAUUUUUGA